AUGCCGUCGUUCUCAAUUCAGGCUUUACCAAGAGCAUCCCAAGACGAUCAAGAUAUUGAAUUUGCUUCACGACUAAAACAACUGCGAUUGAAAACGUUGCAAGAAGAUCCGGGCAGCUGGAUCUCGACCUACAAGGACGAAGUCGAUCAACCACAAGACUUUUGGCUUUCACGACUGAGGGAUCCAAGGGCUAUCCAUUUGGUCAUUGUCCGACUUGAAGCGAGCAAGAGUGAGGUGGAGGAUACUACGGAAGUGCUAUCGCAAGGAGACUGGGUAGGGCUUGUUGUCAUAAUAACUCCUGAAGUUCACCAGGAGGACAACGUGAGUCAGUAUGGGGAGCCAUCCUCCGAACUCUUGAUGGCCGCUGUCUCUGUGCGCGCCGAGUAUCGUGGCCUUGGACUAGGGGGCCGGCUUGUUGAAAAGGCCAUCGAGACAAGCCGCACUUUUGCUGAGAAGAGAAAGAUGACUUCGCCCAGUCUGACGGCAUAUGUACGCUCUGGGAAUGACCUGGCUUUGAAGCUUUAUCAGAAACUAGGCUUCAAGGUUAUCCAAACCGACUACCAGGGGGAGAAAGGAGGUUUGCUAUAUACGUCGACGGUGGUCAGAGUCGAUUUAUAG